UAUCAUCUACUUCUGUUCCCCUGCUGUCUGUCUUAGAGUCUCUCUCAAAGUCCUGAACCUGAACUGGAAGUCGCACACUCCUCCGGUGGACUCCUCCUCCUGCCCCCUUCCUUCACUUCACUCUACGCUCAGAAUCUUCCAUUUGGGUCUAAUCUAAUGGAAGCUGUUGCUAUGUGACUACGAGCGGAUGUGCUGGAUGAAGCACGCCACCUGUUUGAUGAUAUGCUGCAAACAACUUGUUAUGCUAAUGCCAAUGGAGUUUUACUUCUAAUUGCUUAUACAUUACACUGGGUGGGGAAUGGGGACAUGCUUUCAUACGUUUGACUCUCAAUGUUCAGUAUUACCAUUUGGAUUGAAUAAGAUAUGAGUGGGCAUUUAUUUUCGGGAUAGAGCACAAUGGGAAGCAUAGGACUACUGCUAGAAGUAGCAAUUUCUUUGAACCAUCAUAUAUUCAACUGCAACAAUAGCAUCUCGAAAGUUGCAAUCUUUCCCAAAUGCAGAAGAAUACUUCGGAACUGCUCAACAGCCGCUACUGGGUCCUCUCUUCAGCCUCCCGAUGUGCCGCGAUUGGCUGAAACUGCUCGAAUCUCUCUCACUCCUAUUGAGGUUGAGGAGUUCACUCCCAAAAUUCGGCAAGUGAUUGAUUGGUUUGGGCAACUUCAAGAUGUUGAGCUUCAGAGUGUCGAGCCUGCCCUAAGAGCAGAUACGGAAGCUUACAAUCUGCGUGAGGACACUCCGGAGACAUUUGAAAACAGGGAAGCCAUGGUUUCAGGUGUGCCAAGCUACGAGGAGCCAUAUAUCAAAGUUCCCAAAGUCUUAAGUAAGGAGUAAUUUUAUCUCAUCGGUAGUAAACUUGCAGUUUUCUUUGUUCAUAUGAGCUGCAAGAAAGCCAUGAUAUAUUUAUGAAGACGAAUGCACGUUCCGUGUGGGGCUGAAGGAUAGCAGGUUUGUAUCGGGACAUCUUGUUUGUGUGCUACAUUGUUCAUUGUUUAAGAAAGAUACAAUCCCUGUAAUGCUGUGGAUCACCUCGUACCUUUGAUGGGAUGUUGGUUGCUGAUUCAGUAAAACAUUGUCGAGGGCUACCUUUUCCAUCGUCUA